AUGUUCUGCGCUUCAGCCGGUUCCAGUGGCAAGCAUGCCUCGCCAAACACCAAUUCGUACCGCCUGCAAGCACUGUCGCCACAAACGCCAAAAGGUAUUCACCCGCCUGAUGUGAAGGUCGUCCGGUUUUUGUUUGUGUCCCCUCCCCUCUCCGCUCCCCGUCUUCGACGUGAGCGCAUGAUUCUAAUACCUGUCGGCCAGCCUUGCGAGUACGACCUGCGACGAGCCCAGAACAAGGAUGAGCUGCGCAGCGAAAUUCGCCAGCUCCGACGAAACUCGGAGGAGAAGGAGAAGAAGAUCCAGGCAAGUCCCCCUCGUGGAUGCGUCCUACGAUUCUAUAACCUUGACCUCGUCGCCGAGCUGCAAUCGAAGAGGAUGGGCGAGCGGCUGAACCACGUGGACCCGAUUGCAAAGUGGCUCUCGGACGCGGAAACGGAUGCCUCCAACAGCGCCGAAGCCGUGCGAAGCCUCUGGCGUGGCCGCUCCCGCACCACCUCGACGCGCAACCUGUGCGGUAGCGACGGCAGCUUGGAUCCCCUCUCACCCGAAACCUCGACCCUCUCGUCCUUGCCAAGUCGCGCGUCCGGCCAGGACGGAUUGGCCAUCCGUGGAGCCGACGACGGUGUCCCAUCCGGCCAGUCGGAGACGUGGACGACACUCCCGUGGCCCAAAGCUACGGUGGGCCAGCUAUUCGACUCCCUCUUCGUCUGGGACUGCCUACCCUUCUGCCUCCUCUGCAAAGACAGCUUCCUCGCCGACUUUUACCAAGGCUCCCCCACAUUUUGCUCCUCGGCCUUGGUCAACGCGCUUCUCGCCUUGGCCACGUACAUAUUCGGUGACGGCGACGACGCCAUCGAGUCCGCCAACCUUCCGCCCGGCUGGCCCCGCAGCGUCGAGUUUUACGUCGAGGCCGAGUCGGCGCUGGAGACGAGCGUGCGCUUGCUCCCCGACGCCCAGGCGCUCGGCAUACUCAGCCUGUAUCAGCUGCGGCGCGGAAAGGAGAGCGGCGCUCAAGAGCUCGCUGAGGCCUUCCGCGGCAGCAUCACGCAAAUCUGCGCCGAGGACGGAUCGAGAGACGGAUCCAGGGAUGGAUCGAGGGAUGGCGCAGAUGGGCAAGUGGCGAGGGUGCGGGCGAUUACAUAUUGCGGCGCCGUGUCCCUGGUUCGGAUGCUGCAUUUGACGACUGAUCACCUUGUCGGGAAGGAAACGGCUGCAUCUGGUGAAGAUUUCAUAUUCCUCGAGAGGGCAGCCAGCUCCAGCAGCAGCAACAGCAGCACGCCGACCGUGAGCAGCUCGCAGCCACGCCCAGCCCAGGAUGCGGAUCUGCCGCUCAUCACGGCCAAGCUCUUCCAACUCACCGAGUGGAUCUAUAAAUUCGUCAUCUCGGCUCAACCCUUGGACGCCGGAGCGCAGUCCAGCACCGUCCUAGCAAUCUACCGGCGGUGCCUCGCCUGGUACGACGGAUUCUUUUCCAUGCUCGAAGGCGGCAGUUUGCCCUUUCUCCUCUUCAUUCACAUGUACUACCAUUAUUGUCUUCUCUGCCUCUUUCAUCCCUUUUCCAACUUGCCAAUUCUCGGCUUCGACCUCUGCCCUGGCGACAUAUGCGCCGAGGCGGCACGGACAAUUCUCACGCUGGCCGAGUCGUACGAUCGACUCUUCACCUUUCGCCGUCAACCCUCCCUGAUCUCCUACAUUGUCAAUACCUCGAGCCAACUGGUCAUGGCGGCCCAAGGUCAGGCCGUCACCGUCGCAGCCGGCACGGAAUCAUGA